AUGGAGGUUGCUGCUUGUUUGCUGCUGCUGCCUCUUGUUUGCCUGGAGGUGCUGCAUGCAUGCAUUGAAAUAAUUGAACUUGAGCAGCAGCAGGAAGCCAAGCAGCAGCAGCAGGAAGCCAAGCAGCAGCAGCAGGAAGCCAAGCAGCAGCAGCAGGAAGCCAAGGACCAGCAGCAGAAAGCCAAGAAGCAGCAGCAGGAAGCCAAGCAGCAGCAGCAGGAAGCAAAGAAGCAGCAGCAGGAAGCAAAGAAGCAGCAGCAGGAAGCCAAGCAGCAGCAGCAGGAAGCCAAGGAGCAGCAGCAGGAAGCCAAGCAGCAGCAGCAGGAAGCCAAGCAGCAGCAGCAGGAAGCCAAGAAGCAGCAGCAAGAAGCAAAGAAGCAGCAGCAAGAAGCAAAGAAGCAGCAGCACCUGCAAGGCCUGCAGCAAGAAGCUGCUGCAGCGCUGCUGCUAUGA